GACAAGGUAUCGGUCAUCAUAUACAUCGCUCAUUGGGAAGCGUAUGGCAAAAGCACAGCUUCUGCGCAGUACUUGAUCCAUUUGGCUUCCCACACCGGCAUCCCGAUCAUCGCAUGGAACGCAGAUAAUUCCGGACUGACGAUCAACGGGAACCUGAACAAAUAUCGACUUCUGCAAAUGGCACCGUCGAUCGACUAUCAGAUCGCGGCGAUGGUCAAAAUUCUACAGCGUUACAAUUGGCACAAGUUCGCCGUGGUCACCUCCGAAAUAGCUGGCAAAGACAGCUACAUCGAACUUUUCAUCGAAGUUCAAAUCAAUACCAAAAACAUCACCUCACUUCGAAGACAAAUGGACCGCCUGGCAAAGUCAGAGGCGAGAAUAUUUCUUUUGUAUAGCACAAACGAUGAAGCAGACCAAAUAUUUCGUAUGGCGAAUGCGCUAGGACUAACUGGGAAACAAUACUUAUGGAUAGUCACCCAGUCGGUGGUGUCGAACCUAUGGAAGGUACUAAAUUUUUCGAGGCCAAUUUGGCUUCUACUUCGAACUGUGAUCACGACGGGAAUUACACAUGGCCAACUGGUGACCUAUUGUACAAGUAUAUCGAAACUUUCAGCCCUAUACGGCAAAAAUAAUUUGAUGUUCAGGUAUUUGAAAACUGUGAAAACAUCUGGUGAAACGGGCAUUCAAGAUUUCCCCAAACUGGACAUCGAAUUCGACGAGGAUGGAAACGCGAAAAAUUCGUAUUUGUCUAUUCUUAAUCUAAAGCCAGACCGGCACUGGGAAAAAGUAGGCGAAUUUUUUGGGGAUCAGUUGAAAAUGAACGAUAUCACUUGGCCUGGAAAUGAGACCAGUCCUCCACCAGGAGUUCGUCAGAAGUUUCACUUGAAGAUCGUAACGCUCGACGAACCUCCAUUUAUAUUCGUCCACGAUGUCGACCCAGUGAAUGAUCGGUGCCUCGUCAAUCAAGGCGUCCUCUGUCGAUGGGGCACCCAUGGGUACGAAGUCAACACUACCAGAUGGAAGUGCUGCAGCGGAUUUUGUAUGGAUUUACUUAACAAAUUGGCCGCCGAUAUUGGAUUUGACUACGAUUUAUACAAAGUAGAAGAUGGCAGAUGGGGUAUCAAGGAAAAUCAUAAAUGGAAUGGCUUAGUGGCAGAACUGGUCAACAAAAAGGCAGACAUGUCUGUGACUGCCCUGAAAAUCAAUUCAGAACGCGAAAAAGUUAUCGAUUUCUCAGUUCCUUUUCUGGAGACGGGUAUCGCCAUCGUUGUAGCAAUCAGAAGAGGUGCGCUUUCGCCAGCGGCUUUCUUGGAACCCUUUGAAUCGACUACAUGGAUAUUUAUCCUAAUAGUAAGCAUUCAAGGAGCAGCAGUGUCCAUAUUUCUGUUCGAAUGGCUCAGUCCAAGAAGCUUUAACAUGACGAAGACUCCGCCUCCGGGCCACAAGUUUUCUUUGUGCAGAUCAUAUUGGCUUGUUUGGGCUACAAUGUUCAGCGCAUCUGUGACCACCAGUGUUCCUCGAUCGAACAGCUCGCGGUUUAUGAGUCUAAUCUGGGCCGCUUUUGCACUGCUGUUUCUAGCAGUUUACACCGCCAAUUUGGCAGCAUUUAUGGUCACAGGGACAGAGUUCCAUCAUCUCAGUGGCAUUGAAGAUCCAAAAAUAAUAAAUCCACAAGACUACAACCCGUCUUUUCGCUACGGAACAAUUCGAAGCGGGAACACCGAAGAAACACUGAGAAAAAACUAUGGCAAUGUCUAUCGUUACAUCAAGUACAACGACUACUUCUAUGACAACGUAUCUCAUGGCGUUAGUGCUGUCAAAAAGAAUGACCUUCAAGCGCUACUUUAUGACGCCGUCGUUUUGGAUUACUUAGCCGGCAAGGACGACAACUGUGAAAUCUUAGUGGUUGGCAAAUGGUUUAGUUUAAGUGGAUACAGCAUUGGGUUUCCUAAAGGCUCGAAGUGGAUGACGAAAGUAAACUCCUUCAUCCUUAAAUAUUCAGAACAAGGUAAACUAGAU